GUGAGUGUGUGUGCAGUGUGUUGCGCCAAGGGGAAAUCCCUUAACCCCUGACUUCAGCUAGACUCCCCUAUUGUGCGUCGUGUACAAUUAGAAGGCAUUGCCAAUCGAUUUGUGUGAAAAGCCCAAGCUAAAACUCAAAAGGUGGACGACGCCAAUCGUCGGAUAAAAAACGGAGCCCCGGAGGCCAAAAAAGGAAAUGCCCAUGUAAAGAACGGAAAAGCUUCCAAAGAGGUUCCCUUAGUUGGCAGGAAACGCAAGUGCUUCCAGCGACAAACUUCCACCGCCUACUGAGGCAACCAAUAAUCAAGGAGCCAUGGCCAGUACGUCGAAUAUGUCCCGGAACGGUGGCUUCUGUGGUGCACUGCAGCGCGCCCCCCCGCCCAUGCCCCCGAUCCUCCUCCGCCGCCUGAGCAGCCGGGAGUGCUACGGCGUGGGCAAGGUGAAGGUCAUGCUGCGGGUGGCGGAGCGGGACAGGAACUCCGGCGGACCCGAGCCGGAUUUUAUGGCGCUGGACAAGAAGAAGCGACAGGUCACGCUCACCGACACGAGGAACGCCUAUCCUCCGCCGCAGGCUGCCCAGGAACGGGCGCCCAUGGUGGCCGCACCCAAAAUGUUUGCAUUCGAUAACCUCUUCACAGGGGAGGAUAAACAGUCGGAUGUGUGUGCAUCGGCGCUGAGCGAAGUGAUACCCGCCGUGCUCGAAGGCUCCGAUGGCUGCCUGCUGGCCAUGGGAUAUCCUGGCACCGGACAGCCCCAAACGGUGCUGGGGGAUGUGGGCGGGAGUGGCAGUGGGAGUGGCAGUGGCGAGGCGUGCUCCCUGGGAGCGGCCCCCUGCGCCAUCGCCUGGCUGUACAAGGGCAUCCAGGAGCGGCGGCAGAAGGGCGGGGCGCGCUUCUCGGUGCGGGUCAGUGCCGUGGGCGUCAGUGCCACCAAGCCAGAUGCCCCCUCGCAGGACUUGCUAAUCUCGCAUGCAGCCGAAUCUGACGACUCCCCGGGGAUUUAUUUGCGUGACGACUUCCUUGGCGGUCCAACGGAACUACGUGCACCCACCGCCGAGCGUGCGGCCCUGUUUCUCGACUCUGCGCUCGCCGGACGCUUAAAAAGUUCCGGUUCCACGGGAUCCGGGAGCUCUGGAUCUGGAUGUGCCGCCCCCUUGGAGUCCGCCCUCAUCUUUACGCUCCACGUCUACCAGUACAGCCUGUCCCGCAAGGGGGGUGUCGCUGGCGGUCGCAGCCGUUUACAUAUCAUCGACCUGGGCGGGUGUGCGAAUCGCAGCGGGGGACUGCCGCUGUCGGGGAUCGGGAACAUACUGCUGGCGAUACUAUCCGGCCAGAGGCAUCCCCCUCACAAGGACCACCCGCUGACCCCGCUGCUUAAGGACUGCCUGGCCCCCAUAACCUGCCACGUGGCCAUCGUGGCCCAUGUGCGACCGGAACAGUCGUACCAGGAUGCCCUCUCCACCAUUCAAAUCGCAUCCAGAAUUCAUCGCCUGCGUCGCCGGAAACAUCGAGUUCCCAUGCCCUUGGCGGUGGGUCUGGCACAAGGACUAGGCGGCAAUGGCUCCUCGGCGGGAUCGGGGGCGGACCCCUCAAGUUCGGAAAUCUCCGCCGACACUGUCAUCUAUAUGGGACCCAAUGACGAUGCCACGGAUGGUGAGCACCCGCCCGUAUAUCUGCCAUCCCUGACUGCGGGGGAUAAUCGGGGGGUGAUGAGCAAAGCCCUCAAGGGAAGUGGGGUGGAGAAACCCACUUCGAAGUCCGCCUGCAACAGUCCCAUGAUGAUGAAAAAGGCCGUGGCGGCGGAGAAAGCCAAAAAACUACCGGGAAGCAAUACGGGCAGCCUAAAACGCCAGGCGGGAUCAGGAGCCAGCUCCUCACCAAUGAUUCCCCUCGAGCAACCUCAGCUUCAGGCAAUGGGAUCGCCCAUACCGAUACCCCGGCAUAUGGUGUCCAAGGGAUCAAUGGUACCCUCUCCCAAGGGGUCGCCGAUGCGAAGAGCUCACCCGGGAGUAGCUCUCGAACAACUUGAGGCCGGAAUGAGGAAAAUAACGGAGGAGCAGUGGAUCGAUGGACCCCGGGUUUCCCGGGCAAAAGUGGCAGAGGCCCGUCAUCUAAUGAGAGAGGUCAAUCAUGUGAAACAGUGCGAGACGUGGGUAGAUGGCCCCAAGUCCCAGUCCUGCAGAUCCCUGACAGCAGGAAACCUUCCAGCAGCCGCUGGGGGUCAGACCCAGGGUUACGGGUUUAUGGACGCCCACAAAAAGACCAUGAUUCGUCAGUGGGUGGAGAACCAGACUACGCAAGUCUUCCAAAGUACACUGUCCGCCAGUAAUUCCCCCACUGCCUUGCAUUUGAAACUCUCGCAGCUGAAGCAAAAGUCCCUGGACUUACCAGACAGACCUGCCUUCAACACGGAACCCUCCUUGGACCUCAGUCAGCCUUGCUUUGAGAGUUUACCUCUCCUGGACUCUGCUCCGCCCGACGGCGAUGAAGACGAAGACAGUGGUCCCUCGGAGGUUCCGCCCGCUCUUCCCUUGCUAGAUGACCCCCUCGGCUCCAGGGACAUUUCUCAGGAUAACCUGCACAGGCUGCUGUCGCGGCAUGUGUCCCGGGAACAGCUCCAUGAGGCUGAACUGGUGGCCAGCAGAGCGUCAUCUUCGCAUCAUCCAUCGCAGCGGAGUAUUGAUUGUGGCCUGCAAGUCACAGAGGAAGAGAUUGCCAGGACUAUGUCUAGAGAUCGGGACCACGAUCACAGUGCACAUCCCCUCUCGGCUCUGAGUCACUGCGACAACAUAUCCUUUGUGUCCAGCUUCAACAUGGCCUGCGAGUCCUUUAGCGAGUGCGGCGAAAGAGCAAGACAUCAAUUUGAUCAACUGGCCAGAUUGCACGAGAUUUUCACCUCGCAACUGGCGAUGGCCGAAGUCACGCCCUCCGCAGCCCUCUUCCGGACGGAUAUAGGGAGUGUUUUCAGUGAGCCCGUCUAUCACUUCAAUGUGGGCCAGAGCAGCGUUUGCAGUGAACCAGCUUACAGACUGACACCCAGCCCGCCGAAACAGCCGUCCCACAGUCCGAGUCAAGGGUCGCUACCCAGCUUGAAUGGCAUAAUGGAGAUAGCUGGAAUGGACGAUUAUGCCCUACUUCGCCAGCCAGACGGAGCUUCCGAUCCCAAUCUUCAGAAGGGUGAGAAACGAUUUACCCCCCAGCACGACGAUAUUUGCGAGUUGGAUGAGAAAACCAUGGCGGCGGCAGUGGGCAAGAGGAGUUCUCUGGAGGAUGCGCAGCACAAGCUGAACGAGAUCACGAAUAUAUUGCCCCUGGCCGCUCAGUCGCGACUUCCCCUGCUGCCACUAAACACCAGUUCCGAGGCCUACGACAGUGGUCACGAUUCCAACUCGACCCCGAGGACCUCCAAGCACUCGGGCAUAUCGCGGAGGGCAGAGAGUGGCUACCACAGCGUGGCAACCGUAAGGGAUUCGGAUGAGAGUAGCUUCGCGUCCGGCAUGUCCAAGGGUCAGCGGCACCGCAUCACCGUAUCGGGAGCCGGAGCAGUCACAUCGGCGGGCAUGGGAAACUACCAACGGCAGUGUCACAAGAAGCGUCAUCGGCAGGAUCACGCCGGCAACAACAAGGGUCUGUGCAAUUGGCUGCUGACGCCCUUUUCCUGCACUUAUCCGGAGACUGAGGGUGAGAUCAGCGAUUUUUAAAUAGCAAGGAAACCCCCAUCCCAGUCCGAAACCCCCACCAAAACGAAUAAACCGAGCUAGUCCAGCAUUUAAUGGCCAAAGGGAAACAAGCUAAUGUAAACCGAAAACGAGAAAUAUCAUACAAUUUUAGAAAAACACAACUAGGUUCAGGUAGAAGGAUAUGGGAUCUUUGAUAGCGACUGAUUAACUUUUACGAGGCGACGUCUGCCACAACAAGAAAAACUCACACAAAUAAAGAAAACCAACCCGAGGGAAAAAACCAUUGAGCUCUUAAGUAAUCGUAUAACUAUCCCAAUUACCUAAAUAACUCAUUAUAAUCUCGGAUGGUCUCGCAUCUGCAAGGCAGUUGGAUGUUUUUGAAAGUAACCUAUGAUCAGUUCGGUACGAAAAGUCUUCGAGAAAGUAUACAUAUCUUUGGCCCCAUCCGUACUCGAUAUUGCCCAACGAGCAUUAUUCAAUAAUCCGAUUUCUACCCAAGGACGCAGUUUGCGGAGAUAAGUGUAUGCCAUAUCUUUUCAGUAUCAUCCAAUUUCUCGAUAUUUUGUAAGUUUCGGACAUUAGGAACUGAUACUGUCUUGCAAUUGAUGGACCCUCUGAGUACGCUAUAAAUCAAUCGAAUCAAUCACUCGACUCACUCACUCACUAAGUACACGCAUAAGUUCAAACGGGGCUUUAAAUAUCUUAAGUUGCCAGCUAGCAUAAUAAAGGAUCAUCGGGACACAUAUAAAAAAUAAAGAAGCCGAGGGUAGUAAACCCAAGUUCUUUCAAAAAAGUCCCAACUAUUUCCAUUGUAACUAUAAAUAUUAAACGUAAAUAAAUUAUUAACAUAAUCAGGCUACAAUCACUAUGACUUUACAACGCAGAGAUACAUCUAUAUACAUACACCAUAUAUACAUGCAAACAUAUUUAUAUACACACUCAAUAUACAUACAAAUAUCAUAUAGCUAUUUAUUGUUUAGUUUGGGUUAUGUGUUUGGGCAGUCGAUUUAAGAUCAAGUAUGCUAAAUGUUAAAUGUUUGCUUAUUCAAACGAUUUAUUGCCAAUUAUAAGUUACCAAGUGUUUAAAUUAAUUGUUAGUUAGCUAAAGUUAUACACAUCUACUACUAAUCAAGGACAAGAGCGACAAGAACCACUCACUAUAAAGCGGAAAGGUUUUUGCACAGUAGACAAAUGUUAAACAUACAAUUUUGUUGCCAUUUUUGCCUAAAUAAACUAUGUUACAAAACGGAAACGAACAAAAUGAAAUGAAACCAAACGGAAGCAUAAAUAUCCAAAAAAUAAAUGAAUUAUAUAUUUAUCAGAGAUACAUCUACUAUAAGGAAGCGGUCGGUGGAUGAUUUUAGGAAAACCUAUUGCAUAUUCUAUAUAAGUGACAUAACAAACGUAUUUAUCAGAGCAUAAUGAAUGCACGCAAAAUGAAAGGCGCCCGGGGCACGCUAAAAUUUGUGUGCCCCCGGGAGUAGGUAAAAUGCUGUGCCGCAUUUUGCUCGUUUCGAUUCGAUCAUCCACUAUAAUUAAAAUUAUCGACAUUCCUCCAUUGCCUUUUAGUCAGCGUCAUCAGAAUAUAAACAAAGCGAAAUGUCUAAGCCAUACGAAAACACUAAUUAUAUUGCAUUAUCCAUACAUAUUUCGUACAAUUAUUCCACUUAUCAAGCGUAGUUAAUCACCCACGAAACCCGCUCUCUAUGCUUUAAAUUUUAACAUAAUCACCAAAAGCCCCACACACCCUUCUUUCAACCCAAAUGGCAGUUGCAGCCUGCAAAACCCAACCUACGUACUUAUGUGCGGUGCAUUCCAACGUACACCUAUGAUGGAGUCGUCGACUUCGGCGCUGAAU